AUGGAGCUGCCCGAUAUCAUCCCAAGCGCUUUUAUCGCGCACCCACUGAAAGCUAUCGUCAUCGGUGCCGGCAUUUCCGGAAUCCAAUUUGCCCACGAUGCGGUCAUAUCACUUCCAUCUCUUGAUAUUGAGAUUUACGACCGAAACCCUUGUCUAGGCGGGACGUGGUAUGAGAAUCGAUAUCCCGGCUGCACAUGUGACGUUCCCUCACAUACGUAUCAGUUCAGCUGGGCACCAAACCCGCGCUGGUCCUCACUGUAUCCUCUGGCGCCAGAGAUUCACCAGUACUUGGAAGAUGUGGCGGACAACCACAAUCUGCGCCGGUUCAUGACCUUCAGUACGGAAUGCGUCUCGGCUGAAUGGAAUGAGGGCUUGUCCAAGUGGAAAGUCAGUCUGCGCAAUGUGGACACCAAUGAGGAGAGGACCAUUUGGUCUGAUGUUUUCAUCUAUGCUGUGGGCCGACUGAAUAACUACAAGUUCCCCAAUAUCCCUGACCGGGAAAAGUUCCAGGGUGUGCAGGUCCAUACUGCAAACUGGCCAGUUGAUACUGCGGUCAAGGAUAAGAGAGUGGUUGUUAUUGGCAAUGGUGCCAGUGCAGUUCAAUGCGUGGCUUCUUUGCAGCCCGUUGUCUCUAGCAUUGUCAACGUUGCGCGAGGACCAACAUGGAUUGUUCCGCAUGUCUUUUCCGGUGACGGCGCUGCUCAGCGUCACUACACAGCAGAACAAAAACAAACCUUCCAAUCGAAUCCUAACAAUUACUAUGACGAAUGCAUCAAAAUGGAGAAGUCGCUAGCGGCAGGCUUCUUGGGUCUAUGGAAAGGAACCAAAUCCCAAGCCAAAUUCUCAUCCUUGGCUCAAUCAUUCAUGAAAGCCAAGAUUGAAAGCCCGGAGCUGUUGAAUGCGAUUCUUCCAGAGUUUGAAGCUGGAUGUCGUCGCUUUACCCCCGGUGGUCCUUAUCUGGAUGCCCUGCAAAAGACCAAUGCUCUUUACGUGAAGGAUUCCAUUGCUGAACUGACAGAAAACAGUCUCAUUACCGCCUCAGGCAAGGAGCUUCCCUGCGAUCUUUUGGUCUAUGCCACUGGCUUUGAACCAUAUCAGCCACGUUUCCCUGUCAUCGGCCGCAACGGACAUUCUUUGACAGCGGAGUGGGACCACAGUGGUCCUUGCGAGAGUUAUAUGGCUGCGAUGGUUGCUGGAUAUCCCAAUCUCUUUGUGUUUAACCCACCAAUUUGCCCCGUCAAUGGAUCAGCAAUUCCAGGCAUCGAACGAGCAAGUAACUACAUGAUCCGAAUCCUAUCCCGGCUGCAGACAGACAGACUGCGAUCAGUCUGUGUAACCGAGAAGGCCCAGAGAAAGUUCAACGACUGGGUGCAGUCGAGAAUGCCACACAUGGUUUGGUCGGGACAUUGCAACUCCUGGUAUAAGAACGAGAACGGAAAGGUCAUCGUGCCAUGGCCAGGCACCGUACUCCACUAUUACGCUGCAACCGAGAUAAUCCGCUGGGAAGACUUCGACUUGGUCUACCAGAACGCAGGAGACAACUAUGCCAGUUUCGGGAAUGGAGUGACAGCCGUGGGCUUUGUGCCUGAUCAAUUUCCCUGGGUUCCCCGUCCCGAUAUUCUAUUCCCACAGACUCAGACAGAGAAAGCAGCGCCAGCCAGCAACAUGUGGCAUGUAAUGACUCGAUUCUUCCAGCUACUGGGCGUAUGGGGCUUCUAG